GCUGUACCUUGCGCGUCGCGGAUCGAUUUCCCCGGUGCAGAGUACACUCUCGCCGCGGUUGCUGCGAUUGAGACCCGCGGCGUCUUGCAGCUGGGCGCAGAGCCGGAGGAGUGGCAGCGCGGAGCUGACCCGACGCGUCGUCACUGCGCUCGUUGCCCCCAGGCGGUGGGCGAACCCCCGGCGCUCCUGCUCGGGUCCCGGCCCGGCUCUGCGCCGCUCGCCCGCCCUGCGUCCUUCUCCAGCACACUCCUGAGAUCCGAGGACCGAGUCGCGAGCGCUCCGGCCUGAGACGGUGUUUCUCUCUAUGUCCUGGGUGCUUUGGCAUCACAGCAACCUCAAACUCCUGGGCUCAAGUGAUCCUCUUGCCUCAGCCUCCCAAGUAGCUGCAACUAUAGGCACUUGCCACCACACCUGACUAUUUUUUCUAAUUUUAGUAGAAACAGGCUCAAAAUUCAGGUUCGGCCUGAAUUUUGGUUUGCUUAGAUCUCAUCUAAACUUUCUUUGCCUACUUGUGGCCUGGGAACCAGCAAUGAAGCAGAGUUUUGCCUUCGACAAUGUUGGCUUCGAAGGCAGUCCGGAUGGUCUGUGCCCUUCCCCUCAGGUGGCCACGAACCUGAUCAGGAUUUGGGGUAUGACCUGCCAGUCAUGUGUCCAGUCCAUCGAGGGCAUGAUCUCCGGUUUGAAAGGCAUCGUGAGCAUUGAGGUUUCCCUGGAGCAAGGCAGCGCCACUGUGAAACAUGUGCCAUCAGUCAUCAGCCUGCAGCAGGUUUGCCAUCAAAUUGGGGACAUGGGUUUUGAAGCCAGCGUCACACCCGGAAAGGCUGCUUCCUGGCCCUCCAGGUCCUGGCCCUCCCAGGAGGCUGUGGUGAGGCUCCGUGUGAAGGGCAUGACCUGCCAGUCCUGUGUCAGCACCAUUGAAGGCAAGGUCCGGAAACUGCAAGGAGUAGUGAGGGCCAGAGUCUCCCUUAGCAACCAGGAGGCCAUCAUCACAUACCAGCCUUAUCUCAUUCAGCCAGAAGACCUCAGGGAUCAUGUAAAUGACAUGGGAUUUGAAGCUGCCAUCAAGAACAAAGUGACGCCCUUAAGCCUGGGACCAAUUGAUAUUAGGCAGUUACAGAGCACUAACCCAAAGAUGCCGUCAGCUUUUGCUAACCAGAAUUCCAGUAAUUCUGAGACCCGGGGCAACCAAGGGAGCCAUGUGGUCACCCUCCAACUGGGAAUACAGGGAAUGCACUGUAAGUCUUGCGUCUUGAAUAUUGAAGGAAAUAUAGGCCAACUCCCAGGGGUUCAAAAUAUUCAAGUGUCCUUGGAGGACAGAACUGCCCGAGUACAGUACCAUCCUUCUCGUACUAGCCCCAUGUCUUUGCGGAGGGCCAUUGAGGCGCUUCCACCCGGGAACUUUAAAGUUUCUCUUCCUGAUGGAGCAGAGGGCAGUGGAACAGGUCUCGGGUCAUCCAAUUGCCACAACCCUGGCUCCCCGCAGAGAGACCAGGGGCAGGGCAGUUGCAGUCCCACAGUGCUGACCAUUGCAGGCAUGAGCUGUGCAUCCUGUGCCCAGGCCAUCGAAGGCGCCAUCUCCCGGCGGGAAGGGGUGCAGCAGGUGUCAGUCUCUUUGGCUGAAGGGACUGGAGCGGUUCUUCACGAUCCCUCUGUAAUUAGCUCAGAAGACCUCAGAGUUGCUGUGGAAGACAUGGGGUUUGUGGCCUCGGUCGCUCCUGCAGGAAACUAUUCUUUCAACCCUGCUGGAAACCUCAGUGGUAGCAAUUCCAUGGUGCAAACUACGGGCGUCCCACCUGCGUCUGUGCAGGAAGUGGCUCCCCAUGCUGGGGAGCUUUCUCAAAGCCACGGGCCCAGUCACUUGCCAAAGGCCCUUCAAGCCACCAGAACUGUCGGGCCGCAGAAAUGUUUUUUACAAAUCAAAGGCAUGACCUGUGCAUCCUGUGUGUCUAACAUAGAAAGGAAUCUGCAGAAAGAAGCUGGUGUUCUCUCCGUGUUGGUUGCCUUGAUGGCGGGAAAGGCAGAGGUCAAGUAUAAUCCAGAAGUCAUCCAGCCGCCCCGGAUAGCUCAGCUCAUCACAGACCUGGGCUUUGAGGCUGCGGUCAUGGAGGACUACGCAGGCUGCAGUGGCGACAUCGAGCUGAUUAUCACGGGAAUGACCUGCACGUCUUGUGUCCACACCAUCGAGUCCAAGCUCACAAGGACAAAUGGCAUCACCUACGCCUCUGUGGCCCUUGCCACCAGUAAAGCCCUUGUUAAAUUUGAUCCAGAAAUUAUUGGUCCACGGGAUAUUAUCAGAAUUAUUGAGGAAAUUGGCUUUCAUGCUUCCCCGGCCCAGAGAAACCCCAGAGCUCAUCACUUGGACCACAAGAUGGAAAUAAAGCAGUGGAAGAAGUCUUUCCUGUGCAGCCUGCUGUUUGGCGUCCCUGUCAUGGGUUUAAUGAUCUACAUGCUGGUACCCAGCAAUGAGCCCCAUGUCCUGGACCACAACAUCAUUCCCGGACUGUCCGUUUUAAAUCUCUUCUUCUUUAUCUUGUGUACCUUUGUCCAGGUCCUUGGUGGGUGGUACUUCUACGUUCAGGCCUACAAAUCCUUGAGACACAGGUCUGCCAACAUGGACGUGCUCAUUGUCCUGGCCACAAGCAUUGCCUACGUCUACUCUCUGGUCAUCUUGGUGGUCGCAGUGUUCGAGAGGGCUGAAAGGAGCCCUGUGACGUUCUUCGACACCCCCCCUAUGCUCUUCCUGUUCAUCGCCCUGGGGCGCUGGUUGGAGCACGUGGCGAAGAGUAAAACUUCAGAAGCCCUUGCCAAACUCAUGUCUCUCCAAGCCACAGAAGCCACUGUUGUGACCCUUGGUGAGGACAACUUAAUCAUCAGAGAGGAGCAAGUCCCGAUGGAGCUGGUGCAGCGGGGUGACAUCAUCAAGGUGGUCCCUGGGGGAAAGUUCCCAGUGGAUGGGAAAGUCCUAGAAGGCAAUACCAUGGCUGACGAGUCCCUCAUCACAGGUGAAGCCAUGCCAGUCACCAAGAAACCCGGGAGCGCCGUGAUCGCUGGGUCCAUAAACGCACAUGGCUCUGUGCUGAUUCAAGCGACCCACGUGGGCAACGACACCACUUUGGCUCAGAUUGUGAAAUUGGUGGAAGAGGCUCAGAUGUCAAAGGCGCCCAUUCAGCAGCUGGCUGACCGGUUCAGCGGGUAUUUUGUCCCAUUUAUCGUCAUCAUUUCAACUUUGACGUUGGUGGUAUGGAUUAUAAUCGGUCUUAUCGAUUUUGGUGUUGUUCAGAAAUACUUUCCUAGCCCCUCCAAACACAUCUCUCAGACGGAGGUGGUGGUCCGCUUCGCCUUCCAGACAGCCAUCACCGUGCUGUGCAUCGCCUGCCCCUGCUCCCUGGGGCUGGCCACGCCCACGGCCGUCAUGGUGGGCACUGGUGUCGCCGCCCAGCAUGGCAUCCUCAUCAAGGGCGGGAAACCCCUGGAGAUGGCACACAAGAUAAAGACUGUGAUGUUCGACAAAACUGGCACCAUCACCCACGGGGUCCCCAGAGUCAUGCGCUUCCUCCUGCUGGUUGACGAGGCCUCAUUGCCCCUCAGGAAGGUUCUGGCUGUGGUGGGGACUGCAGAGGCCAGCAGUGAACACCCCCUGGGGGUGGCAGUCACCAGAUACUGUAAGGAGGAACUUGGAACAGACAUCUUGGGAUACUGCACAGACUUCCAGGCUGUACCAGGCUGUGGAAUCGGGUGCAAAGUCAGCAACGUGGAAGGCAUCCUGGCCCACAGGGAGCGCCCGCCAGGUGAACGGGCCGGUCAUCUGAAUGGGCUUGGCAGCCUUCCUGUGGAAAAAGAUGCAGCCCCUCACACCUACUCUGUGCUGAUUGGAAAUCGGGAAUGGCUGAGGCGCAACGGCUUAACCAUUUCCAGUGACAUCAGUGACGCUAUGACGGACCACGAGAUGAAAGGGCAGACGGCCAUCCUGGUGGCCAUUGAUGGUGUGCUGUGCGGACUGAUCGCCAUCGCAGACGCUGUCAAGCCGGAGGCCGCCCUGGCUGUGCACACGCUGCAGAGCAUGGGUAUUGAUGUGGUUCUGAUCACGGGGGACAACCGGAAGACGGCCAGAGCCAUUGCUACUCAGGUGGGGAUCAGGAAGGUCUUUGCGGAGGUGCUACCUUCUCACAAGGUGGCCAAAGUCCAGGAGCUGCAGGACACAGGGAAGAAAGUCGCCAUGGUGGGAGAUGGAAUUAACGACUCCCCGGCCUUGGCCCAGGCGGACAUGGGUGUUGCUAUCGGUACUGGCACAGACGUCGCCAUCGAGGCGGCCGACGUCGUCCUCAUCAGAAAUGACUUGCUCGAUGUGGUGGCUAGCAUUCACCUUUCCAAGAGGACUGUCCGCAGAAUCCGAGUCAAUCUGGUCCUGGCGCUGAUUUAUAACCUGAUUGGGGUCCCCAUCGCGGCAGGGGUCUUCAUGCCCAUCGGCAUCGUGCUGCAGCCAUGGAUGGGCUCGGCGGCCAUGGCAGCCUCCUCCGUGUCUGUGGUGCUGUCCUCCCUGCAGCUCAAGUGCUAUAAGAAGCCCGACCUGGAGAGGUACGAGGCGCAGGCCCACGGCCGCAUGAGGCCUCUGACCGUGUCGCAAGUCAGUGUGCAUAUUGGCAUGGAUGACCGGCGCCGCGACUCCCCCAGGGCCACCCCAUGGGACCAGGUCAGCUAUGCCAGCCAGGUGUCUUUGUCCUCUCUGACUUCCGACAGGCCACGUCGGCAUAGCACUUCUGUGGACGGUGGUGGGGACAAGUGGUCUCUGCUCCUGAAUGACAGGGAUGAGGAGCAGUACAUCUGACAGCCCCGGGUGGGGCCGACCCGGCUCCCUCCAGCCGCGCGGCCAGCUCUCCUGCUCCCCAGGGGAAGCAGGUGCUGAGCCCAUGGCCAGCAAGCAGGGUGGGCAAAACUUGGCUCAGCUUUGGGGACUCCACUUCCUGGACAUUUCCAGUCAUCUCACCCUGUAGCACAUGGCCUUGUCCAGAUAUAGCUGGCAUUGGCCUGCAGAGGAUUACCCUGCCUGGGUCCUGCUGGUGCUGGGCUGAGUGUUGUGGCCUCACCGUGCUGUCAGAAUCCUGCCUGGACUCCAGAAUACGAGAAGCAAGUCAGCUCUCAGAGACUCUGCUUGUGGUGUUUGGGUUGACUACCUGUAUAAUGAGGAACAAUCUCAGUGGGACUGAAAACCUAGCUUGGGCCUCUCCAGAGACCUUGUAUUAAAUCAGAACUCACUGUUGGACUCUUGCUGAGACAUCGACGUGCAUUGCAUUUCUGAAACUACAGUUUACCUCAGGUGCACCUGUUGUCUUCUGCUGGCACAGUCUGCUUUUUCUCCCCUUCUCUGUGCUUGGCACCCUUGACACUGGGUAUCCCCCACCCCUUAUCUGUCACCUCAGAGGACAGGCCUGUUGUCCUGUGGUGGUGGUGGUGUGUACAUUUCCCGCCAGAAUCUGCUCCCUGGCUCUCACACUCACACCUCAGCCGUCUCCCCGGAGCCCUGGCUUCUCCUCCCAGGGCUGAGCGCUGCUGCCACCAGCAGGAGUGCACAUCCCAGAGCCUAACCUGAGCCCAUACUGGCCUCCUGUGCCGUCCAGGCACUUGUGGCCAGGGCAUCCUCAGUGUUUCUGCUGCAGCCUGUGGUGCUGAAACAGAUGCCCAGUGGGAGGUGUGUGCACGCGGGAGACUCCCUGCAUGGCCCCAGGAGCUUCCUUUACAUGGUUUUCUGUCACCUCCUGGGGUCCAGUAGAGAAUCUAUGUCACUGGUACCCCUGGAGACUCCAAGGAAGCAGUGCUCCCCAAGCGAGAGGAGAGCACCGUGCCCCCACGAGCCUGCCUUCCACCUGCUGUGUGGAUACCUUAGGGGAGGGGCCACAGCUCCCCAAAGUCUGUUUUUACCUGUCAGUGUCUUUUUGUGGUUGUGUGACAUCAGAGGGUCAGGCAUGGGCCUGGUUUAGACUUGGAAGUCAGUUGUGACUACAAGGGAGCGUGAGAUUAAUUUCUAAACUGAAGCCCUUGUCUCUAUUGAGUGUCCAUUAUUUGCCAGGGGCAACGUUAGCAGCGUGUUUUUUUAGGUUGCUUCUAAUCCUCCCACUAAAUCAGCAAGGUAGCUGUUACUGCCCACAUUUCACAGGCAAGAAAACAGGCUCAGAGAGGCUGAGAAUUUGGCUCGGGGUCACUCAGCCAGCACCCAGUGCAUAUGCCCCGUCUGUUGGCCCUGAAGGCUUUUCAUUAAUUCUGCUGCCUUGGACACCAGUUUGCUUGAUAAGAAUAAACAGGGGAAAGGUCCUUGCCUCCUGGAAUGACAGAUCAGCCAGGUGACAUAUUAGUUGUAUCAACUUAGAAUGCAAUUGAUUGCUGAGGUCAUCUCACCUUCACCUUGGAUGGUUAGUUUCAGUUUUUGCUUUUAAUGUAGUUUUUGCCACGUUUUAUCUUCUAAAAUCCAAGCACAGGGUUUUGCUGUGUUUUUAUUGUUUUCAGUCUCUGCUUCUCCCCCCACACCCAGCCCACCCUGUGCCCCAAUUGUGCCCUCUCAUUGUUACUCGGGGAAUAUUUCUUGUUUUCUAUCUAAAGAAUCAAAUUAUGUUGAUCUCUAAAACUUUUAGGACCAUAAACUUCAUGUUCAUAUGUGAGCAUAAAAAUAUUUAUAUAAUUUUACAGAAAAUAAUUUUUUAGUGUUCGAGGAUAAGGAAUGUUUUGUUUUGUUUUUUUUUGUGGUUGGAUAAUUCCUUCUUCAAAAACUUUCCAUAUACUACUAGAAUAAAGUUUCUUUUAUC